AUGCCAGACUUGCGUCGUCAGGUGCUGGAGAGCGGCAAGACGAUCUCUCGCAAGGCCGCCUCUCGCGAAGGCUCGCGCCGCACAUCGCGCACCGCCUCCGCCCAAAACUCUCGUCCUUCGUCGCGGCCAACUAGCCGCUAUGGCUCGGAUGAAGAAGAUGCAGGAAAUCUUAGCGAUGAGACCACUGCUUUGAGCAUUGGUUCGUUGGAUGACCUCACUGAAGAUCCCGACCAGGACACCAACAACUGGACGCAGGAACUUGACGAUGUCGUUGCUGACAUCCUCGAUCGCAAACGUAGCAGUGUCCUCAGCCGUGAGGAGGCCUACGCCGCAUUCUGUCGCCUGGCCAAGUCCCACUACGUCGAAGAUAACAUCCGUAGCCAGAUCUCUGAUCUGCUGGCGGCCUUCUGCCGCAGUGUCAAGUUCGAGUCCAGUGUGCGCGAGACAACACUAGCCCUGCGCGCCCUCGAGCUCCUGGCUAUCACGGCCUUUGACAACACCAUCUAUGAGAAUGUCGAGUCACUCCUAUCCCGCAGCAUUCGGGACUCCACCUCGACCUCGAUCAAAGCCGCCGCCAUCCAUUGUCUUGGCGUCUGCACUAUGUUCGGUGGCGCUGGCGAAGACGGCAUCCUCGACCAGAUGACCUUCUUCCUCGACAUUGCUGCUUCCGAUGGCCAGUCUAUCGACGCCCCGGAUGAUGCCAACAGUGUUACGGCUGCGUUGCAGGAAUGGGGAAUGCUCGCUACAGAGAUUGAUGAUCUCGAAGGUGAGAGUGAGGAUGCGGUGCAAAUCUUCAUGGACCAGCUGGACAGUGGCGACUCGGGCGUGCAAGUCGCCGCGGGGGAGAAUAUUGCGCUCCUCUAUGAAAAGAGUUACACCGAGCAGGAAGACGACGAAGAUGAGGAGGACGAGGAAGGCCAUUCCAAUGACGCUGACUCCGACGAAGAGUCCUUCCUAUCGCCCGGCGAGCGUUCCGGCCCCAAGCUCAUCAAGCGCUACAAUGCCUACCACAACACCCACGAGCUUGAGCAGCAAUUGCAGUCGUUGGCCACGAUCCACAACAAACGCAUCAGCAAACGCGACAAGAAGAGCCUGCACAGCAACUUCACCUCCAUCUUAACCACUGUUACGAACCCACGGCGUGGGCCCAUGUAUAAUUCCGCUAUUGAUCAAGACACGAACCGGCGUUACGGCAGCAAGUUGACCGUUAAGGUCGGCAGCCAGGGCGUCAUGAACAUUGACCGCUGGUGGAAAUGGAUCCGUCUGAACUCGCUCCGUCGCAUCUUGCAGGGUGGGUUUGCAGCCCACUAUUUCCAGGGAAACCGUGCCGUCCUCGAUAACCUCCCCGUGAUGGUGCGCAUGAACUUCGCCUCUUCUUCGGAUCGUAGCGCUGCAAAACGUGCCGCCAAAUCCCGGAACAACCGCCGAUGGGCUGUCCAUGACCACUCCGAUGAAGAAUAUUAG